AUGCAUAUCUGGAUCCUCAAAAUCAUCCUUCUGAUUGCAUCAUCUCUGAGGCUGGUCGAGAUGUAUGACAAUUAUGGGGAGAUCUGUCGGAACCUGUGUACGUGCGAGGAGAAAGAAGGGAUCCUGACGGUGAGCUGCGAGAACCGGGGCAUCAUCAGACUGACGGAGAUCAGCCCUGUCCACUUCUCCGUGUACCACCUCCUGCUGACAGGGAACCUCCUGAAGAAGCUGUCAGUCAAUGAUUUCAUCAAUUACACAGGAGUGACCAUCCUGCACUUGGGGAACAAUGAUAUCUCUGAGAUAGAGUCAGGUGCCUUCAAUGGACUCCAGGGAUUAAAAAGGUUGCACCUGAAUAACAACAAGAUCGAGUUUAUGAGGGACGACACCUUUGCCGGAUUGGAAAGUUUGGAAUACCUUCAGAUUGAUUAUAAUUACAUCACCAAUAUAGAGCCCAAUGCCUUGAGCAAACUACACCAACUGACAGUGAUGAUUUUGAACGACAACAUGCUCUCUGCCCUGCCCAUGAAUAUCUUCCGGAAUGUUCCCCUUACGCACUUGGACUUGAGGGGGAACCGGUUAAAAAUGUUCCCCUACAUCGGCCUCCUGGAGCACAUGGACAAAGUCGUGGAAUUACAACUGGAGGAGAACCCCUGGAAUUGCUCUUGCGAGCUGAUUGCUCUGAAGGCUUGGCUGGAGAGUAUAGCCUACACGGCUCUGGUGGGGGAAGUGGUUUGCGAGACCCCGUUCAGGCUCCACGGUAGGGACCUGGAUGAGGUGUCCAAGCAGGAGCUCUGCCCAAGAAGACCCAUGGAAGACUCUGUCAGGCCUGCACCCUCUAAUAUCACCAAUGGAUAUUACCAGACAACACCUGCUGCUGUCACCGCCUCCGCCACCUCCUCGGCUGUUUUUAGGUCAUCCUCUAGGCCGACCAAGGGCACACGGCAAUUUAACAGAACUAGGUUAAAGCCCACUUCCCGAAUACCAGGCGGUAACCAUUACAAUUAUGGCCCCAUCAUUGCUUUUCAGACCAAAUCUCCUGUGCCUUUGGACUGUCCCACUGCCUGCACGUGCAACCUGCAGAUAUCUGAGAUUGGGCUGAAUGUCAACUGCCAAGAGAGAAAGAUUGAAAGCAUUUCUGAUCUAAAACCCAAGCCAUACAAUCCUAAAAAAAUGUAUCUCACUGGAAAUUACAUCCCUGUGGUACGGAGAUCAGAUUUCGUGGAUGCAGUUGGAUUGGAUUUGCUUCACCUGGGAAACAACAGGAUAAGUCUGAUCCACGACCGGGCUUUUGGGGAUUUAACCAACCUGCGUAGGCUGUAUUUGAAUGGUAAUCUCAUGGACAGGCUUACAGGAGAGAUGUUUUUUGGUUUGCAGAACUUGCAGUAUCUUUAUUUAGAGUACAACAAAAUCAAGGAGGUCGAUGCGGGCACUUUCCGCUACCUCCCUAAUCUCCAGCUGCUCUUCCUAAACAAAAACCUCCUGAAAACCUUACCGGUGGGUAUCUUUUCCAGUCUCUCCCUGUCUAGACUUAAUCUGCGCAACAACCAUUUCCAAAACCUUCCUGUGAGUGGUGUUUUAGAUCAGCUGAAGCUGCUGGUGCAGAUAGAUCUGUUUGAAAACCCCUGGGACUGCUCCUGCGACAUAGUGGGGAUGAAGAUAUGGCUGGAGCAGCUCAGCGCAGGCACCGUGGUCAGUGAGAUUGUUUGCGAAACUCCACGGCGCCACACAGGAGUGGACGUACGCUCCAUCCAGUCGGAACUGCUCUGCCCGGACUACUCUGACGCUAACGUCUCCCCGACACCCCCUACGGAGGAGCCCAUGGACGACACAGUCGUCACCACGGGCGCGCCUCAGAAGUUCAACACCCCCAGCAGCACCGUCCCCCUCUCUGUCCUCAUCCUCAGCCUCCUGCUCGUCUUCAUCAUGUCCGUCUUCGUGGCGGCGGGGCUGUUUGUUGUUGUGAUGAAAAAGCGCAAAAAGUCCCAGAGUGACCGCACUAGCACCAACAAUUCGGACGUCAGCUCUUUUAACUUGCAGUACAGCCUCUACAGCAACCGCUCCGGCCCAAAAGUGAAGGCCCCAGCCGGCCACGUCUAUGAGUAUAUCCCCCACCCCAUGGGCCAUAUGUGCAAAAACCCCAUUUACAGGUCACGUGAAGGAAACACAGUGGAGGAUUACCGCAACCUCCAUGAGCUCAAGGUCACGUACAGGAGUACCCCAGAUGAUGAGAGGGAUAGCAGUACGAUGAGGAGCCCUACGUACAGUGUUAGCACCAUCGAGCCACGUGAGAACCCCUCCCCUGUCCCGGAUGCAGACCAUUUCUUCAGAGGCAUCCUCGAUCACGACAAGCAGCCCCCCCAUCCUUCAAUCCCGUCCAUCCCAGCAGGCGCCAAUUUAGAGUACAAGUACACAGGGCCUGUGUCGUACACGUACAACCCAAAUUUUGAUGUCAGACGUCAGUUCUUGCGCCCGGAGAGGAUAAGAGAAACAGUGCUCUUUGGCACGGCACCCAGUACUGUUUAUGUUGAGCCCAACAGAAAUGAGUAUUUGGAGCUAAAAGCUAAACUGCAGUCUGAGCCCGAUUACCUCGAAGUUCUCGAGAAACAGACCACCUUUAGCCAGUUCUGAGCAACUGAAUCAUUAAUGUAAUGAAACAUUUUCUCUCUUGACCCCCCCUUGAAACAGUGGCUCAGUUUAUAGUGUGCCUUGGCACGACACACACACAAGCAAAGGAGUUGAAAUGGGGUGUGCCGAACAAUCUUAUUCUUAUUUCUGAAACAUGACAUUACAGGAAUGGAUACAGCUUUCUGAAACACGGAUGAACAAAAUUGCUCUACUUAACUGAUGAUGCAAAAUCUAUUUUUCUAUGGUGAAGAUCAAAUAACACACAAAAUGUAAGUGUACAGGUAAAUCUUACCCAGCUUCAUUUUCAGGAUUAUAACCAUACAUAAGGUAUAUUGUGAAUCAGAAAAGAAAUGUUUAUAAAAUCACACUCCUGGACAAAAACACUGUACAGCAGAUCAUCGAAACUGUGUAGGACUAUUUUCUGCUGUAGUCUGUAAGUAAGUAUUUAUUGAUAUAAUCUGCCAUGUCUUUUCAAAACUUUUGAUUCUACAUCAAUAUUACCUGUGUCAUCAUACUUCAUGAUCCUCUGGAAAGGCUUAUGUUUGUAGUUUCAUUUACUGUAGCUCUGCAUUGUAAAAGUGGCUUUUUUUUGAAAGUGGCACACCCCCAAUGUUCAAAAAAGACUGCGUCAUUUGAAGAAGAUGAAAAAAAAAAGUGUCUUUGUAUGCUUUCUGCACUUUUUGGAAUUCGAAGGCGGGUUAGCCUUCAAUGAGCUCUCAUAAAGGAGAUUAUUAUAUUAAAAAUGAAUAUGGGUAUUCAUUCUUAAUAUGUAGAAGAGAACAAAAUUCAUAAAUGACAUUUGAAGUAUUAAUUCUGUUGUGUAAUACUGAUAUUUUAAUCAAUGUAACACCUAUUUUUAUACAAGCGUUCGCAGAUUCUCUAUCCCUUAUCAACUUUAUUUGUUUUGAUUGCUUUGCACUUAUUGCACUAUAUUGACCAAACUAUGUUAUUGUCAUCAAAUAAACAUGAUGUCAGGUUCA